AUGCCGCUUCUGCCUUCGCCGCCGCCCUCUCGCACUAUAUCCGAUGCGACAUCGGAAGACGUCAAACCAACUCUGACAAGGCCUCGGCGUCUAAUUCUGUGCUUUGACGGGACGAGCAACUUAUUUGACAAAGAGAACACGAAUGUUGUCAAAUUGGUCUCAUAUCUUAAGAAGGAUGAUCUCAAUGAACAGCAAGUGUAUUAUCAGGAGAAGACCGGGGUUGGUACAUACAUCCCUCCAGGGACAUCAAUGCGCUUCGCUGUGUCUAUGGCUAAGCUCGUUGAUCAAGCGGUGGCUUGGGAUAUCGGCAAUCAUAUCAUGGGCGGGUACAGCUUUCUGAUGCAGAACUGGACACCAGGGAGUAAGAUCUCGAUUUUCGGUUUCUCGCGUGGCGCAUACACUGCCCGAGCGUUAGCGGGGAUGCUGCACAAAGCCGGUCUCCUCUCAAGGAGCAACGAGGAGCAGGUCCCUUUCGCAUACAAGAUGUAUGCCACAGGCAGCGACAUGUGCGACGGCUUCAAGACAACCUUCUGCAACCCGGUCGAGGUUGAUUUUCUUGGCGUAUGGGAUACGGUUUCCUCUGUCGGUGUGCUGACGAAGACGGACCUCCCCUUCACCGAUUCGGCACAAUUUAUUCGCGUCUUCCGCCAUGCCGUCUCUCUGGACGAGCGACGAUGCAAAUUCAAGGCGAAUCUAUGUGAACUCUCCUGUAGCCGAUGCAUGGAGAUCAGGAUGCGCAACGCCAAAUUAAGUGAAACUGAAGAGGACGACAUUAAAAGCCUCGAAUGUGAUGAACCGCACACUGACGUUGAGGAAGUCUGGUUCGCUGGAGGACAUGGCGAGACAGAUGUUGGUGGAGGGUGUGUGACAAAUGGGGUCGCACAUAGCGCGAACCGCAUUCCACUUGUGUGGAUGAUCCGAGAGAUGGUGCUCUCCAAGACGGGGAUAGAGUUCAACACGGAUGCACUCAAUCGUGACGGUAUCAAGCUUCCCACGCCAGAUGCACGUGUACAUCUUGUCUCUAAGCUGGACCUGCGCUACGCGGAAGACGUAAAGGCGCCCAUUCACGACUGGCUAAACGAGGACAAACGCUGGUGGAUCCUUGAAUUGCUACCUUUCACCUAUCGAGUGCUUCGGAAGAAGGAGCAAAAGAAGAAAGUGAAGAAAUCGAGCAAGUGGAGGUUGUCGCCCUGGCCAAACUUUGGACAUUAUCGAAACUUGCCGAGCGAGAACAUGAAGGUUCACGUCUCCGUCCUCGAACGAAGAUCCAACAAUCCGUCCUAUGACUUUAGGUGGACCAAAGAUCCAAAAUGGAUCCAGUAA